GUCCCGGCGCGCGCAGCAUCCACAGGCAGAGCUGGGGACUCUGACCGGCAGACAUGCCGGUGCUGUCUGAGGAUUCUGGACUCCAUGAGACUCUGGCGUUGCUGACCUCUCAGCUGAGACCAGACUCCAACCACAAGGAAGAGAUGGGCUUCCUGCGGGACGUUUUCAGCGAGAAAAGCCUCAGUUACUUGAUGAAGAUUCAUGAGAAGCUUCGUUACUAUGAGCAGCAGAGUCCCACCCCAGUUCUACACAGCGCUGUGGCCCUGGCAGAGGAUGUGAUGGAGGAGCUGCAGGCCACCUCAGUUCGCAAUGAAGAGCGGGAGCUGCUCCAGUUGUUGUCCACCCCGCACCUCAGGGCUAUGCUCGUGGUGCACGACACAGUGGCCCAAAAGAACUUUGACCCUGUUCUCCCGCCUCUGCCUGAUAAUCUUGAGGAAGAUUUUGAGGAAGAGUCUGUGAAGAUUGUCCGUCUGGUGAAGAACAAAGAACCCCUGGGUGCCACCAUCCGACGGGAUGAACACUCUGGGGCUGUGGUGGUGGCCAGGAUCAUGCGAGGGGGUGCAGCAGAUCGGAGUGGCCUGGUUCAUGUGGGAGAUGAACUCCGAGAAGUGAAUGGGAUCGCCGUCCUGCACAAGAGGCCUGAUGAGAUCAGCCAGAUUCUGGCACAGUCCCAGGGAUCCAUCACUUUGAAAAUCAUCCCAGCCACCCAGGAGGAGGACCGUUUAAAGGAGAGCAAGGUGUUCAUGCGAGCCCUGUUCCACUACAACCCUCGUGAGGACCGGGCCAUCCCCUGCCAAGAGGCGGGUCUGCCCUUCCAGUGCAGGCAAGUUCUGGAGGUGGUGAGCCAGGACGACCCCACGUGGUGGCAGGCCAAACGAGUGGGGGACACCAACCUUCGAGCCGGCCUCAUCCCCUCCAAGCAGUUCCAGGAAAGGCGGCUGAGCUACCGGAAAGCCACAGGCACCCUGCCCAGUCCCCAGAGUCUCAAGAAGCCACCUUACGAUCAGCCUUGUGACAAAGAAACCUGUGACUGUGAGGGCUACUUCAGAGGCCACUAUGUGGCUGGGCUUCGGAGGAGCUUCCGGCUGGGCCGCAGAGAGAGAUUGGGAAGCUCACAGGAGGGAAAGACCCCCACAGCCCCUGAGUCUCCUGAGCUGCUGACCUAUGAGGAGGUGACCAGAUACCAGCAGCGGCCUGGCGAGCGGCCCCGCCUGGUGGUUCUGAUUGGGUCGCUGGGAGCCCGGCUGCACGAGCUGAAGCAGAAGGUGGUGGCAGAGAACCCACAGCACUUCGGUGUGGCUGUUCCGCAUACCACCAGGCCCCGAAAGAGCCAUGAGAAGGAGGGGGUGGAGUACCACUUUGUCUCUAAGCAAGCAUUUGAGGCUGACUUACAGCACAACAGGUUCCUGGAACACGGAGAAUAUAAGGACAACCUCUAUGGGACCAGCCUGGAGGCUAUUCGGGGGGUGAUGGCCAGAAACAAAGUUUGUUUGGUGGACGUGGAGCCAGAUGCCCUGAAACAAUUGAGAACCUCAGAGUUCAAACCCUACGUUAUAUUUGUCAAGCCCGCCAUGCCAGAGAAAAGGAAGACUCCACCCAUGUCCCCAGCUGGUGAGGACUCAGCAUCCCCACUGGAUGAGGAGCAGCAAGAGAUGGUCGUCUCGGCCACCUUCAUAGAGCAGCAAUACGGGCACCUGGUAGACGCUGUGCUGGUGAAGGACGACCUGCAGGGAGCACACAGCCAACUCCGAGCCCUCUUAGAGAGGCUAAGCAAGGACACUCACUGGGUCCCCGUGAGCUGGGUCAGGUGACUCUUAUUUGGGACCACCGAGGCUGGAAGAGCCUGAAGACCAUCUCUUCAAUCCCCCCCCCCAAGUUACCAUCCAGGAACCUCAAGUAUAGAGAGGGGCAGAAUGUUGCAUCGAGUCUAUCAUCGAGAAGCAUCGAAAGUGGGAUGUCUUGUGUGUCGAUUUUGUCUAUUGCUUUUCACUAGUCCCUUUGGAGCAGUAAACAUGAGUGAAAAGGCGACGUGUCCCAGAGUAACAUUUCAUUCAUUAAAGUUUCACAGGCUGAUGAUCCUGA